UUGACUGUAGUUGUCGGUGUAGUUUUCAGAAACAAACCCCGUAACUCUACAAUUACCGGCACAAACAGACUGUUACGGGUCGCAGAACGUACCAAGAAUGAGGGCCUGGUCUCCGGAUACGAUGAUCGGCAUUGCCUUUUGCUUUGUGGCACUGGUUUUAUCGACGCACGGCGUCAAUGGCGAGAGAUUCGUGCAGCCAGCGGCUGGUGCCAAGCCGCAUAUCGUUAUGAUUCUGGUGGAUGAUUGGGGAUGGGCAAAUGUUGGUUAUCAUCGACAACCACCAACCAAAGAAGUGCAGACUCCCAACUUUGACUCGCUCUGUAAGCAAGGCAUUGAAUUGGAUCAGCACUAUGCGUACAAGUUCUGCUCGCCUUCUCGAUCAUCUCUAAUGAGUGGACGACUACCCAUUCACGUCAACAUCCUCAACGCUAGCCCAGACGUUCACAAUCCAGAGGAUCCAGUGUCUGGAUUCGCGGCCAUUCCUCGCAACAUGACUGGUAUGGCAAGUAAGCUGAAGUCUGCUGGUUACGCCACGCACCAUGUUGGAAAGUGGGAUGCUGGAAUGGCCACACCGGAUCAUACACCAACUGGCCGAGGCUUCGACACGACAUUUGGCUACUUCCACCAUGCCAAUGACUUCUACACUGAAAAGGCUGGUGGGUGUAUGUACGAGAAACACAGGCACAGCGACAUCACGGACCUGUGGAUGACUGACGGACCAGCGGUGGGAUUCAACGGCACCAUCUAUGAGGAGGAGAUGUUCAAGAAACACGUUCUGGAUAUUCUAAGCAGCCACCCAGUGGACACUCCUUUGUUCCUCUACUAUGCUCCACACAUUGUACAUGCACCACUGGAGGUUCCACAGAGCUACCAGGACAAGUUCAGCUUCAUCGAUGAUGAAACUCGCUUGAAGUACCACGCCAUGGUCAACUAUCUGGAUGAUGUGAUCGGAAACUUGACCAAAGCGUUGCAUGAUCGCAACAUGUGGAACGACACACUGAUUAUUGUCAGCAGUGACAACGGUGGACCAGAGUAUCCAGGUGGUGGAGCCAAUAACUUCCCACUCCGAGGUGGAAAGAUGUCAAACUGGCAAGGUGGUGUUCGUGUCAAUGCAUUUGCAUCCGGUGGUUUGAUCCCAGCAUCUAUGCGUGGACAAAAGUAUGAUGGGUAUGUAGCCCUGGCUGACUGGUACGCUACAUUCUGUUCGCUAGCUGGUGUGGACAAACACGAUGCUAGAGCGGAGGCAGCCAACCUUCCAGCAGUGGACGGUCUGGACAUGUGGCCAGUGUUGUCUGGACAGAAUAUGACAUCACCGCGUACGGAGAUCCCACUCAGUCCGGGACUGAUCAGCGGAGACUACAAGAUUCUCGACACUAAGAUGUUGCAGGCAGGAUGGACUGGACCACAGUAUCCAAACUCCACUAAACCGAAAGGUGGAAUAGAUGCAGUGAUGGACUGUUCACAGACGCCCUGCCUGUUUAACAUCAAGGAAGAUCCAGAGGAACGUACCAACAUUGCCGGCAGCCAACCCGACAUCUUGAAGCACAUGCAGGAGCGCUGGUCAGCCUGGAAUGCAACAGCAUUCAAUCCACAGCGUGGGAGUGCAUGGCCAGAAGCCUGUCAGACAGCUGUUGAGAAGUAUGGUGGCUUCUGGGGACCAUUUCUUCCAUAGAGAUAUCCUUGGACAAUGUAAGUGAAGAUGUUUUACUGAAACUCUGCGUGCGUUGUUUCUCCCUUCGCUUCGUUCUGUUACUGUUAGUCCUAGGUUUUCAGUAUUUCCUUUAGUAGAUUAUCUUCGAGCAGUUUCACGAUUUUGAUUGAUAGAAGCUAUACCCAUGUCUUCAUUUGCAUAGUAUCUUCAGCUAUUACCGUGACAGCAGAAUUCUUCCUCUGUCCACACAGUGCUCAAUACCCCAGUGGGGAGACUUUU